CUAAAUAACGACACAAAAACGAACAAGACCACACAACUCUGAUGAGAAUAAAAAAAUUGAAUAGAGCUUUGCCCUAAUAAAAUGUGUAAAGAGUGGUAAAUUGGCACACAAUUCUCCAAGCGCAUAGCAAAUAAUUGUCAACAAACUAUUGCAUCAUCUGCAAAAUUGGCUUAUAUCUGCUGGUUCCAUCGAUUUGGAGCAAUUAUCCAUAUAACAAAUAUAUAUAUUAUACUGUAAAAAAAAAUGACUGCCCCGCGACGUCUGCGCAAGGAGCUGGUAGAUUUGCAGGAAAGCAGCUUAAAAUCGUUUCGCGAUAUCAAGGCCGACGAUGAUAAUCUGCUGCGCUGGACGGGCCUGAUUGUGCCCGACAAUCCGCCGUACAACAAGGGCGCCUUUCGCAUCGAAAUCAAUUUUCCGGCAGAGUAUCCCUUUAAGCCACCAAAGAUAAGCUUCAAAACGAAAAUCUAUCAUCCGAACAUCGAUGAGAAGGGCCAGGUGUGUCUGCCCAUCAUCAGUACCGAGAACUGGAAGCCAGCGACCCGCACGGAUCAAGUCGUCCAGGCGCUGAUAGCAUUAAUUAACGAUCCCGAGCCAGAGCAUCCGUUGCGCGCCGAACUGGCCGAGGAGUUUCUCAAGGACAAGAAGAAGUUUGUGAAGAACGCCGAGGAUUAUACCAGGAAACACAGCGAAAAGCGUCCGGCUGAUUAGUCCAACGAUGCGGAGGAUGAAGAUGUGGAGGAGGAGGAGGAGGAAUCGGAAUCGGAGUCGGCACCCAGCAACAGCAAACGAAGCCGAUUAGUAAAUCCAAACUGAAAAACGCCGAACGAGUAAAGGAAUUAAAAGCAUUAAACAAACAUUAACACACGAAAUUGCGUAGAAGAUAACGAUGGAAACAAAUAUCACAUAUACUGAUUCAUAAUAUGUGUGUUAACUGAAGCCGGUAGCAAUAAUACCCUGUUUAUACUACGGGUCCUUGUCAAAUUUGUAUAAACUCGAGUAAUACUUGUAGUAGACACUAAUUUUCAUUAAUUGUUUUUUAAAUAUUAAAACAAACAAAAAUUCAAUGUGUAAACGAAAAUCAUUAUAAUCAACAAUUAUUUAUGUUUAAACAAGAACAAGAACAACAAAGAACAGUGAUCGCCAUAAAAUUGGAACUUUCCAGAAAUUAGAAUCGUUAAUUCUUAUUAUCAAAAA